AUGCCUCCGUUCCGGGCCCGGCGAGCCACAGGGAGCUUCUGCUUGGCUGACACCUGGGAGCUUGGUGCAGGCGCUGGGGGGCGCCUAACAGCCUCCCCUCUCGUCCCACACCCAGAUCUCUCCCGGAACCGCUUUGCCGAAGUGCCCGAGGACGCCUGCCACCUGGUCUCCUUGGAAGGGCUGAGUCUGUACCACAACUGCCUGCGGAGCAUCCCGCCGGCCAUCGCCAACCUGCAGUCCCUCACCUACCUGAACCUCAGCCGGAACCAACUCACCUCCCUCCCGCCCUGCCUCUGCCGCCUGCCCCUCAAGGUCCUCGUCGCCACCAACAACAAGCUGGCCUCGCUGCCCGACGAGACGGGCUCGCUGAGCAACCUGCGCCAGCUGGACGUGAGCUGCAAUGAACUCCAGGCUCUGCCGGCCAGCAUGGGCCGGCUGGAGUCCCUGCGAGAUCUGAACCUGCGGAGGAACCAGCUAACCGCCCUGCCCGAAGAGCUGUCGGAGCUGCCCCUGGUCCGCCUGGAUUUCUCCUGCAACCGGGUCGCCCGCAUCCCCGUCUGCUACCGGCACCUCCGGCACCUGCAGACCAUCCUGCUGGACAAUAACCCCCUCCAGUCGCCGCCCGCGCAGAUCUGCCUGAAAGGCAAAAUCCAUAUCUUCAAGUACCUCAACCUGGAAGCCUGCAGCAAAACAGGGCCUGACCUGGCCGACUUCACCCGGCCCACCCGGCCCACCGGCUUUGGCACCUGCCUCUCCGACGAGUUCUACCCCGGCCGGCAGUACGGCGGCUUGGACUCAGGCUUCAACAGCGUCGACAGCGGCAGCAAGCGGUGGUCUGGGAACGAGUCCACAGACGAGUUCUCCGACCUGUCGUUCCGCAUCGCGGAGCUGGUGCGUGAUCCCCGCCAGCUGAAGGAGAAGCAGGACCGGGCAGCCAAUGGAGAGCUGGAGCAGAUCGACUUCAUCGACACCAGCGUGGAGGAGGAGGAAGCGGCCAAGCUGGAGAGCAGUUCGCAUGCCGUGGCCCCGGCAGAGGAGAAGCGGAGAGCAGAGAGGAGCCUUCCCCACAGAGCUGAUGUCGGGGAGAAGGUGCCGAACAGCAGGCCCAGCCCUCCGCAGGAAGAGCCCCCCGGCGAGGAGCGGAGGCGCCCCGAGACGCUGCAGAUCUGGCAGGAGAGGGAGCGGCAGCAGCACGCGUUGCGGAGCCAGGCGCUGGAGAAGCGGGACAGCCUGCUGAGGAUGGGGGCCAAAGGCAGCUUCGGCAGCGCACAGGGCCAGCGGCCAGCAAUGGCCCGUCGGAUGAGCAGCAGCCUGCCCCAGAGGAAGCCGAGGACCCAGGUCACAGAGCAGCCACCCGGUGUCCUCAGCCCGGCAUCCCCUGGGCAAAUGCCCCGGCAGCAGGAGUCGCUCCCCCCCGCAGGUCUCAGCCCCCUGGCACGGGAGCCCGGCUCGGCGCAGAAGCCCAGCAGCUUCCUCUUCCGCUCCUCGUCACGGACGGCCAUCAAGCCUGGCUCUGCCUGCACCCCCAACGACCCGACCGCCGACCCCAGCACCCCCUGCGGCUACGGCCAGCUCGCACGACCUGGACGAGAAGGACUUAACCAGUCCAGCUCCGCCAUUGAAUCGCGACUCAGCGUGACGCUGGCGGAGGACCUGGGAGAUGCCCUGGCCAAGGGGCCGUGCUGUGCAGAUGGUCAACCACCUGCGCACGCGCUCUGUGCCUUCAUCCACCCCCCUGCGCCCCCCAUCCCUCUCAACCUCUGCCUCCCACAGCCAAAGCUGAACAAGGUCAAAUGUCGGAAAAACGUGGAGAGCUUCCUGGAGGCCUGUCGCCGCAUGGGGGUCCCAGAGGUCGCCCUCUGCUCCGCCUCCGACGUGCUCCAGGGGGACGCCGGGCGGCUCCGGGGCACCCUGCGGGCUGCUGCACCCCGGAGCCGCGGAGGAGAGCCCUGCCGCUGCCCACGCGCGCCGCCCUGCCGGGCCCCUCGCCGGCUUCGCCUCUUCUAUGUCUCCGAAGCCCUGUGCCAGGCCCAGCACGCCUGGACGAGGAGAGCCUGGCGCCGCUGGCCGGACCGUCCAGGCCCUGCUGACUGUGGGCCAGCCCCCAAAGAAGCCGACGCCCCCGAGGGCACCUCCAGCAAGAUCUAA